AUGCUCAUCUUUCAGGACGACAUCCUUAUAUGGCAUUGGAAAGACUCGGGGAUAUAUUCUGUGAAAUCUAGAUAUGUGGAACGUGAAGAUGCUUGGCAGUCGGGUUUUUGGAAAGCUCUUCGGUCACUGAAAGUUCCGUCGAAAGUGAGGCAUUUCCUCUGGAGGUGUUGUAGAGACAUUCUGCCAGUUAAAGCAACUUUAAAAAGAAGGGGAUUGGAGCUUGAUACAAGAUAUGAUUACUGUGGUGCUGCUGAAAUAUGUUGGAACAUUUUACACAAGGUGUGGAAGAAUGAGUUUUUUGAGAGUUAUAUUAUGGGACUAUGGAGUGUUUGGUUGAGCCGUAAUGAGCUGAAAGAGAACCAAGUAGAAGAAAGACCUUAUCAUGUGGUUACUCAAGCUAGAAGUAUGCUAGCUUCUUGGAAGAAAGCUCAAUUGAAGUCGUCUCGUUCAGAUAUAGGUGUUUCUGCGG